AUGACUCAGAUGGAGCUAGCGAAGAUGAAUGUGGCGGAUGACGACGGCUAUGCGCUCUUUUCGUGGCUCUCUGGCUCAAACUGGAGCUAUCACCCGACCAACGUCCUCUUCAAUGCGGUCUGCUUGGGCUUCAUUUACUUCAGCCUGAAGAAGCGGAUCGCUCUGGUGGAGCAAGUUCAGCAGGCGAUCGACCAGGUGGUCGACGAGUCCUACUUGUCCAUGAGCUUCACAAUUGUCAAUGUCUCCUACCCGGACGUGGAGGCGACCGGAAGCGCGCAGGCCUUUGAAGCCUUGGUGCUGGAUGCCUUAGCACGCGCGGCCAUUGCUGGUGGAGCCACAGGCAUCACGUCCGAGAACGCGGCAGUUGCCAUGGGCGAAGGUGAAGGCGACAGCACCCUUGUCUCUGCGACGAUGAGCGCGCCGGAGGGCAUGACGUCCGCGAAGCUCCAGCAGGUAGUGUGCUGCUAUGUUGAGUUGAAGCAGCAGACGCGUUUCAGAUAG